UACAGGAUAUAGCAUACCGGAACAAGAUUAAGAAUUUAGUAAACAAAACAAAAUGGGUAUUUCACAAUUUAAAGAUUUAUGAAAUUCUUAUUAACCAAGGCUAAAAUGAAUGCUUCAUUUAAAGGAAAUUAUCUUUUUUCAAAAACAGAAUCGAAAAGUAGAAAUGGAUACAGUUGGAUCCCAGGAAUUGCAUUUGGAGGGUAGACAAUCUUGUCCCCGAAAGCUCGGUGUUUCUUUAAACCAUGUCGCCAACGUCGGGUUCAUAGAUCUACCUGACGAUGUCUUGUACGCCAUUUUGCAGAAAUGUGACAUAAGAAGUCUUGGCAGACUUUGUCAAGUUUGCAGUAAACUGAACACACUCAUUCUCUCAGAUUCAGUAUGGCGUCCUUAUAAAAAUUUUAACAAUUUAAUUGGAUCAUCAACUCUGCCACAGAAAAGAACCUGCUCAAGCUAUAACAGACAGUUGACAAGUCCGUGUAUAAAGGAGCAGCUAAGACUGUCACAUAACUGGGUAGAAAAUAAAGGACGUGAGAGAGUUAUAUGUAGACUAAGUCCAAGACAGUUGCCAUGGAUACAAUUAACAGGUGAUUCUCUAUGGUUCUCUGUUAGUAACACAAUACGUUGCUAUAGGUUACAAAAUAAUGGUAAAUUACGAGAAGACAGGAAACAUAAUCUAACAUUACAGGACCAGCAACAUAAAAGAAGGCAAGAGGAAAGCAGGCAACUAUGUUCUACAGAUGAGAACGGAAAGUAUCCAAAUCUCACCAAUAAGGAUGUGAGCAGAUUUGUGGUCAAAGAUGACAUUGCUGUCAGUGGAUGCAGGGAUGGCAGUUUGUAUGUAUUUGACUGUUCAAGUGGUAGAUGUUUAGAUUGUAUGUACAAACUUCACAAGACUGAUACACAGACGGUAGAUUUCUAUGAUACAUGUAUUAUAUCUGGAUCAAGGGACAGAACUGUGAAGAUUUUAUGUAUGUCACAAGAAGAUGAUGGUGAUAAUAAGGUCAAGGCUAAUAUAGACAUGAGGGAUCGUAUCUGGUCUAUUGCUAUGGCAACAGAUGGACAGAGGUUUACUGUGGGAACAUCAGGGUGUAAAGGGAACCCAUCUUUGUCUGUUUGGGAUGUUGAGAGAGCAGAGAAUAUAUUUUCACUAGGGAGUUAUCGGUUUGGUGCGGGAGUUCUUGACAUGAAGUAUGAAGAUAAGAAUACUCUGUUGACAUGUGGAUAUGAUGCAACUGUCAAAAUGUGGGACAUGCGCUCAGGAAGCUGUGUACAAGAAUGGCAUGAAACAUUUGAUACUACAUUAUACUGUAUACAGACAGAUAGAAAUAACACCAUGGUAACCGGAACAGCUAGAUAUGGUAUGAUACGAUUGUGGGACAAACGAAAAACAGAACCUAUUCAGAAGUAUAACUUGUCUCAGAAGAGUCCUGUUUACUCUGUCGCAUUUGAUCAUUCACGGAUGUUUGCUGCACUUGACAUGAGCAUCAACACACUCGACUUCUCAGUACUUCCUGCUUGAGACUGGGCAUCCAUCAUACCAUGAAAUGAACUUAGUUUUGUAUUCAAGAAAAUAUGGAAACCAGUCAAUUGAUUUAUAAAUUCUAGCUUUCAGAUUUGAUAUUGACAAAUGAAACAGCUGUAAAUUUUGAGACUUAUUACACAGUUACUGAUAGUUUGUUCCCUAAUAAUGUUUGGAGAAAAUCUCAAGGUUGUUUUUUUUCACACUUUUUUAAACACGAUCAGGUCUGUCAAAUUGGGAAAAUCUGUCAACUGGUAAACUCAGGUUUAAAUAUUUUUUUUUGUAAAUUACUGAUCACAUUUUAACUGUUUUUGCAUUAAUUCAUUUUUACUAAUCUUGUCUGGAAACUUGGGUGGAAAUUUCUGCAAAAUUAAACAAUAUUUUUCCAUUAAAACGAUAAUGUAACAAAAACACCUUAUUUAAGAGACCACCUUUAUAACAAUACAUAUCUUUACCUUACUAUGUUUAAAUGGAAAGUCAAAAACCUGUGAUAUAUAGGAAAUUUUUGUUAUUGUUGCCUGUAAAUGUUUGUUAUUUGUAUAGGUGGAUAUAUAAUUUUUUUGGAAAGUUAUGUUUUAUGUUUUUUCAGUAUUCUUUAAGGAUAAAUGCAAAUCGCUUUAACAAAAUCACUCUUUAUCAUUUAGAUGUGCAACAUUAUAUUACUCGUGCUAUGCUCUCUUAAUGAAAUUCCUUACAUACAAACUCAGAACAGCUAAAUAAAAUCACUGUUGGGGAUAUAUUAUUUCUUAAAUAGAAUUCAUAUAAACCUUGUGUCUCACUAUCAGACACUAAAAAUAGUCAAACUUGCUUUCCUACUUUAAUUUCUUGAUAUCCAUUAUUAAUAAAACUUGACUAAAAGCUGUUAUAAUGGGGUACAUGUAUUUUGUGCCAAUGGCAACAGUGUUUCAUAAGUGUACAUUAAGUAAGUAUUUUGAAAUGUGAAUAUAAUUUGGUUUUUUGUUCUGUUAAUUUAGUGUGACAAGGCCCUGUCUGGUUGGGAACUUUCAUUGUUUGGCAAUAGGCGUACUGGUUAAUAAUGAAAGCAAAUGAUGUAAACAAACUAUUUGAUUAUAGAUAGAUAUUUAUUCAGAUUUGUGUAUUUUGUUGAACAAUUAAACUGAGCAUCGUUGGUUCUACUGAAGUGUCCGUUUCUACCUGAAAUAAUGCUUGAAAGGGCCACCUGAAGUCUUCCUUCACCAGUAAAACUGGAACAUUGCUAUAUGACCUAUACUGUGUUGGUACCACAUAAAACCACAUUAAAUCAAGUCAAAUGCAUAGAAGUUGAGACCAUUGAGAAAAAAGAAGUACAAAAAGUUAAUUAAAUAAUGCUAGUUUCAAAAUUAUAUUUUGAGAUUUAUCUAAUUUGUUUUGUAUCAUAUUGCUUGAUUGGUUAUUGUUAUCUUAAUAAAUCAUAAAUCUUUACCAUAUAUCUCUUUCAUAAAUGUUUCUUUCACAUCAUUGUUAAUAAAAUAUAAUUGAAAAAUAUU